ACUUCCAUGUGCUGCAGGUGGGGCCCUAAAGAGCAGAACAAGACGAAACUUGUCCAUCUUUGUACAACCUCAAAGUAUCACCUUUUAUGGACAUGGGCUAAGUCAGAGAUUCUCAAAUUAGGGUCCAGGAACCAGCAGUAGCAUUUCAGACUUUGUUAGAUAUGCAAACUCUGUGGCUCCAUUCCAGACGUACUCAAUCAAGAACCACUGUGGUUGAACCCAGCAAUCUGUGUGCUAACGAGCCGGGCAGUGAUUCUGAUGAACCUCCCAGGCUAAAUCAGUCUUUGAUGAUUAACAUUGAAUCUGUCUGGGAUCCCUUCUUGGAAAUAAAGCACCGCAGGGAAGGGCAGCUUCUUCCGACCUCUCGCAUUCCCUCCCCUCCCUGAAUGUGGACAGUCUGGGCAGAGAUACCGAGAAUCAGUUCCUGGUGCUGGGGGCAGACAAAGAGAGACAAUGGAGGUACCUUGAGAAGAUGCACCAACUGGAAGGUUAAUAUCAAUACUGCUCCUCACUGAGAGUGCUCCAUCCCUUUGAAUCUGGGUAGGGUUGUGACCAUAACAGAAGAAUAUUCUGUAUUGCCCAAAACUACCACCUGACGAUAUUGGGAUGCUUGCUCUAGGAAACUUAAUCACCAUGCUGUGAGGAAGCCCAAGCAGCCACACGAAGAGGCCAUAUGAAGACACUUUAGACCACAACCUCAGCUGAAGAAACCUAGACUUUGUGUCACCUGCCAGACUUGUGACAGGAGAAAUCUUUCAUGUUUCCAGUAUAUACUCAGUUGCCGUGAGAAUGACCACAAGAAACAUGAAAUCUACGUCUGUGCAGUGUUUUCCCAGUGAGUUCAUCUGUUCCAUCUGCCAGGACUGUUUCACAGACCCUGUCACCAUUAGCUGUGGGCACCGCUUUUGUACUCCCUGUCUCUGUCUCAUGUGGGAAGAUGCCCACACACCUACUUGCUGCCCUGUGUGCAAGGCAAUAUCUCCAACAAUGGACUUCAAGAGCACUAUUUUGGCUAAGGAACAUAUUCUUCCUACCAGAAAAUCAGUUGUCUGCCAAUUACCUAGCUCUGCCAAGUGGAUGUGUCGGAAACACCAAGUGAUAAAGAACUACUUCUGUCAAACCAACAAGAGCCUGCUGUGUUUAUGCUGCUCUCAUUCCCCAGAACAUGCCACUCAUGUACACUAUCCAAUACAGCAGGCUGCAGAGCACUGCAGGGAGAACCUUCUGAUUCAUAUGAAGUCUAUUUGGAAAAAGAAACAGGAAAAUCAGAGAAAUAUAAAAAAAGUGACCAGCAUAUUCAGAGUAUGGGAGGGUUUUGUAAAUCACCGGAUGAUGAUGAUAAGGGCAGAAUACCCGAAAGUAUGUCAAUAUCUCCAGGAAGAAAAGCGAAGACAUUUAGAGAUCUUGGCAACUGAAGGCAAGAUUGUUUUUCGGCGACUCAGGGGGAAUGUAACCAGAAUGAUUCACAUGGGGAAACUCCUGAGAAGAAUAUAUGGGGAGCUGAAGGAAAUGUGCCUUAAAGCAGAUGUGGAGAUGCUCCAGGAUGUAGGAGACAUAGUGAAAAGGAGUCAGUUAAUGCAGCAGCACGUGCCCCAACCUAUGGACCCACAGCUCAGUACUUGGAGCAUCCCCGGGAUGCUGGAAAGACUUAACAACUUCCAAGUGGAUGUUACUUUGGAUGAUAAAAUACAAAACUGUCACGUGGCUCUGAUUGAAGACAUGAGACGUUUGCGAUGCCGGCCUGACCAUGGAGACACGCCCCGGAACCCAGCAAGUUCAGAGUAUACGCCUUCCUGGGGCGCUCAGACCUUCACCUCUGGCAAACAUUACUGGGAGGUGGAUGUGGGAGUCUCUUGUAAUUGGAUUAUAGGUCUUUGCAAGGAAUCCUGGACCAGUAGGAAUGAUAUGCUGCUUAACUCAGAGGAUAUUUUUCUCCUUCUCUGUGUCAAAGUGGAUGACAAUUUCCAUCUCUUUUCUACGUCUCCGCUGCUACCCUACUAUAUUCAAAGACCCCAGGGCUGGAUAGGGGUGUUUCUAGAUUAUGAAUGUGGCAUAAUAAGCUUUAUUAAUGUUGCCAAAAGUUCCCUCAUUUGUAAUUUCCUCUCGUGCUCUUUCUCUUUCCCUCUCAGACCUUUCAUUUGGCGUGGACCCAAAUGAUCAGGACCAGGUCACAUACUUGACCAGGGUCACGGAAAUUCUAAUAACUGAGGAGGCUUUUAUCCUGGUGACUUCUAGACUAGGGAAAAUGAGUUAUACCUCACUGUGUUUAACGUCAUUUUACCUCCAGGGGAUAUAAAGGUUGCAUUAUUUUUUAAAGUAGUGAUAAUGUUAACGAUGUACAUUUGUCACUUGUAU